GAUCCCAACUUCCGGUGAAAGAGGAGAAGUGUCUCACACGAUUACUCUGACAAGGCCUAUCGUUACUUACCCGUAGGUAGUUGAACGGGGUUUCGGUAAUAGCCAUGGCUCUGUGAUCGCCAAUAAGCCAUCUAAUUAACUUUUUAAGAAAUUAGGAGACGUCGCCGUAGACGCCGCUUUGACUAAACGCCACAUCGUCAGAGCCACAGGUUUGAACGUUACCCCGCGACUGCCAGCUAGUUAGCUAGCUAGCUAAAGACGCAGCUAGCUAUUCGCCAACCAAGCACCUCUAAAUUAGGUCCUGGUGUCUAUUUCAAGAUGUCAACGGCGGGGUUUAACUCUCAGAAUGGGACAGGGACAGGACAGACAUAUACGAAUGGUCCAUCACAGAAUCCAGUUGCCCUGCAGCAGCUGCCAGGGGUCAGCUAUGGCAUGACUCACCAACCAACCUACAAUCCAAUGCAGGCCAAAGCUCCCCCACCUCCCGGCCCUGGACUUUACCCCUCUGGGCCAUACCAACCUGUUCCCCCAGGCAGCUCCUACCAGCCUGGCCCACCACUCACUUCCUACCCAGCUCCUCCAGGCCAGUCGCUGUUGACCAGGCCUCUCAUGGGAGGUCCUCCAUCCCAUACCCCUCCUCAGUCUGCCAGCCCCAGCCCUGGUCCUCGGCUGCCCCCUGCACAGGCCACACCUCCCCCUCCUGCUGUAUCUUCUAGUAGCUACUACCAAAAUCCCCAGCAGCCGCACCCCAUGGCGCCAGCAUGGCAGUACAACGCAGCUCCCCCACCAAUGGGGCCACCCACUUCCAUGAGCACACCUCCCCGCGGCCCCGUGGCUAAUCAUGUGAACCCAGCUGCAAGCUCAACAGCACCGCCACCACCACCAACAUCGGCGGCUUACAGCUCUGCACCACUAGCCCAUGUGUCGCAUAGUGUCACCCAGCCCCCAGGUCCAGGGAUCCCCCCCACCUCUCUGCAUGGAUAUACCCAGCCAGGCACUGCACCACCUCCAAUGACUCCCAUGGCUCCCCACACAUACCAACCAAGCAGAGCUCCCUAUGGCCCCCCACCCACAGGCCCACCAUCAACUAUGAAACCCCCACCACCUCCCACUGGACCCCCAAUGGCCAAUGCCACACCUCCACCCCCCAAGGCAGAUGGAACUGUGGCUGGCAAUGGCCCACAAGCACCAAACAGCUAUAAUCAUGUUGACAACAAAAUGGCUGGCCUGCCUCAGCCUGGACCACCUGGUCGGCACUUGGGCCACUACCCCUCCCUCCCCCCUGGGUAUCAGAACACCUCAGCUCCUCACAACGCCACCUCCCCCAUGCACCCUGCGAUGCAGGCCGCCACGCAGCCUUAUACUCAAGCACCUCAGCCAUACCAGCAGCCACCUGGUGGCCCAGGGCCAGCCCAACUGAGCCCAUCCCUGGCAGCCAUGAGUCUCCAGUCCAGCACCCCAGAGGCUCUGAGAGUGGUCAACCUGCUGCAGGAGAGGAACCUUCUGCCACCAAGCCCGAUCCCUGCCCCAACGCCCUGUCUCCCACAGGACCUGCAGAAGAUCAACUGCAACCCAGAGGUCUUUCGUUGUACGCUGACCAGCAUCCCUCAGACUCAGUCACUGCUCAAUAAAGCCAAGAUGCCGCUGGGCCUGCUGCUCCACCCCUUCAAAGACCUCUCGCAGCUUCCUGUGGUGACAUCCAGCACCAUCGUCCGGUGUCGGUCCUGCAGAACCUACAUCAAUCCCUUCGUCUCUUUCCUGGACCAGAGGAGGUGGAAGUGUAACCUGUGCUAUCGGGUCAAUGAUGUUCCAGAGGAGUUUAUGUACAACCCAGUUAGCAGAUCGUACGGAGAGCCACACAAAAGACCCGAGGUCCAGAACGCCACCAUCGAAUUCAUUGCUCCUUCAGAAUACAUGCUGAGGCCACCACAGCCUGCUGUUUACCUCUUUGUUCUUGAUGUAUCCCACAACGCAGUGGAGACAGGCUACCUGAAUGUGUUCUGCCAGUCACUGCUAGACAACAUCAACUCGCUUCCUGGAGACUCUCGGACAAAGGUAGGCUUCAUCACCUUUGACAGCACCAUCCAUUUCUACAACCUCCAGGAGGGACUUUCUCAGCCUCAGAUGCUCAUUGUGUCUGACAUCGAAGAUAUAUUUUUACCAACACCAGACAGCCUUCUAGUAAACCUCAAUGAAUGCAAAGAGCUUGUGCAGGAUCUGCUGAAGAGCCUCCCAACUUUAUUUGAGAAGACUAUGGAGACCCAGUCUGCCCUGGGUUCAGCUCUGCAAGCAGCCUUCAAGCUGCUGUCACCCACCGGAGGGCGCAUGUCCAUCUUUCAGACCCAGCUGCCCAACCUCGGUGUCGGGGCGCUCCAGUCCAGAGAAGACCCCAACCAACGGGCAUCUGCCAAGGACGUCCAGCACUUAUCCCCAGCGACAGACUUCUACAAGAAGCUGGCUCUGGACUGCUCCGGCCAGCAGGUGGCAGUUGAUCUGUUCCUGCUCAGCUCUCGAUACUGCGACCUGGCAUCGCUCGGCUGCAUAUCAAGAUACUCUGCAGGGAGCGUUUACUACUACCCCUCCUACCACCACCAGCACAACCCUGCUCAGGUGGAGUGCUUCCAGAAGGAUCUAAAGAGAUACUUAACCAGGAAGAUCGGCUUCGAGGCCGUUAUGAGGAUACGCUGUACCAAAGGUCUGUCCAUCCACACGUUCCACGGAAACUUCUUUGUGCGCUCCACAGAUCUGUUGUCACUUCCCAACGUGAACCCAGACGCUGGCUUUGCAGUUCAGAUGUCCAUCGAGGAAAAUCUGGAUGACAUGCAAGUUGUUUCAUUCCAGGCUGCGCUGCUUUACACGUCCAGCAAAGGCGAGAGGAGGAUCCGUGUCCACACCUUGUGUCUCCCUGUGGUUAAUUCUCUGUCAGACAUCUUUGCUGGUGCUGAUGUUCAAGCCAUCAGUGGACUACUGGCUUGCAUGGCUGUGGACCGCUCGGUGACGGCCAGUAUGAGUGAUGCCAGAGAUGCGAUGACCAACGCUGCCAUUGACUCGCUGACGUCAUACCGGCAGUCUGUGUUGACCAUCCAGCAGCCCGGCCUGCUGUCCCCAGCCUGCCUCAGACUCUUCCCCCUCUACAUCCUCGCCCUGCUCAAACAGAAAGCCUUCAGGACAGGGACCAGCACCAGGCUGGAUGACCGGGUGUUUGCCAUGUGUCAGCUGAAGUACCAGCCGCUGGCCUACGCAAUGCUGAUGAUACAUCCUGCCCUGUACCGUGUGGACAAUCUGACAGAUGAGGGAGCUUUGAACAUCAAUGAGCGGACCAUCCCUCAGCCCAGAGUGCUGCAGCUGUCUGUGGAGAAGCUCAGCAGGGACGGAGCUUUCCUCAUGGAUGCUGGAACGGUGAUGUUUCUGUGGAUCGGACGGAACUGCCACCCCAACUUCCUCACACAAGUCCUGGGAGUUCCCAGUUACGCUGCUGUGCCUGAUAACCUGUAUCUGCUCCCCGAGCUGGACACUGCCGAGUCGCAGAGAACCAGAGCUUUCAUCGGUUGGCUCAGAGACCAGAGGCCGUUCUUCCCCUCCCUGCAUGUCAUCAGGGACGAGAGCCAGCUGAAACCCACCUUUAUGCAGAACAUGAUCGAAGACCGAACAGAGUCGGCCCUGUCAUACUACGAGUUCCUGCUCCACCUCCAACAGCAAAUCUCCAAAUAAUUUUCAGUGGGACUGUGGAGAACAGGGAACACUCAAGUGAGGAUGUGCAUCAGUGUAUGUGUGUGUAUGUAUGUACAUUGUGUGUGUGUGUGUGUGUGUGUGUGUGUGUGUGUGUGUGUGUGUGUGUGUGUGAAAGCAGUGGAAGUCAGACUCAAGGAUGCCUCUUGCUCAGUCUUCGGCUAUGGCCCGCCAUCUCUCUGAGGAAAAGCUGAACUGAUGUGACGUGUCGCUCAAAUCAAACUAUGUGACGGACAGUGUGAGGACAAAGAGACGAAGAAUCGAAUCUGAUGCUUAUUUGGCACUUUUUACCCAGCUGAAGCAGUGCGUUGGAAGAAGAAAAAAGAAGCAAGAAAUCCAAGAUGAUGAUGAUUGUGAUUAUAUAUGUCAAUGAUCGAAUGAAUCAGUGUUUAUUCUCAGAGAACAAUGCUGUCUAACUGAUCGUUCUGAUACAGUUCAGGCAAACGGAUGUGUGAAGUGUUUUUGUUCAAAAAGCACAGUCGUCUUUACUAAAACAAGUCAAACGUAUGUUUGUGUGUGCUUAAGACUAGGUUUAUGAGGAAGGUUAGUGUGUCUGCGCUCAAAGACUGUUAUUGAGUGUCACCAGGAGUAUUUGUACACAGAACACCUGAGCUCUAACAACACUCUUACUAUCGUACCUGAAGGACAGAACGUGUGCUUUUUUUUUUAAUUUCCCACUCAUUAUAAUUGUGUGUCGAACAAAUGCGUAGACUCUGUUGUAAAAGGCAGGAAUGUUUAAGGUGUUUGAAGGCGGAUCGACCUCGCCGUCAUCGCUGCCUUGAAUGUGUGGACUCGGCAGUGGAAAGUCUAUUUCAUUGGUCUGAUCUGUCCUUCAGCAACUCUCUGUCAUACUUUCUCUCUCUGGACAUUCAGAACACCCCUGACAACAUCGCUGUUCUGUUUGUUUGUUUCUUCUUUUUUUGUUUCCAGUUAUCUAAUAAUUUAUGAGACUCCCAAUCUGAUUAAAUUCUAUAAUUGCCUUGUAUGGGAAGUCACUUUUUAUUAUUAAACCUCUGUUUAAAUACAGACUCUAUAUAUGAAAUAUUUUAAUAUAAUAGGAUAUGGGAAAUUCUUUAACACAGACAUAACAAAGCCAUUGUGAUCUUUUAAUCAUGCUUAUUGAUACUUGUAUAUUGAAAAUACUGCAUUAUAUAAAGGUAAAGAAAUGCUGAUGGUUUUAGUAUAAACAAUAAGGUGAAAUGACGCUAAGGAAAUAAAAUGUUUGGGACUUUUUAAA